GUGCUUGGCUUGUUGGGAGACAACGGAGAAGAGAUCAUGCUAAAACUUCUCCUGGAUUGUGGAAUAUUCGUGGCCGUUGAUCAGCAAAGAGGAAUUUAUUUCCAAUUAAGUGGACUCCCUCUAUCAACACUUGAGCCUGUAAACAAAGUGCCUCAAAGCCAUUUGGCUCGAAACAAUGCACUUGGCUCUGUGACAAGCAAGCCUGUACCAGCGUCUGACUUCAAGGAGACGAAAAUGAAUACAAGCACUUCUGACUGCAAGGCGACCACACAGAAGCCAGUUCCCGUUGUCUUCCAUCGCCGACGUAUUCUGUAUGCUUCUCCAGUGCUUGAUUCGAAAGGAAAGAUACAGUUUGGGAUGAAGAGUCAUGUUCUGAACCGUUUCCCUUCCACAUCGCUCGCGCACACUACUCAUGUGUUGAAAUACAUAUUUCCCAAACAGUUUGGCUUGCACAAUGUCUUCUCGAGCGUGUCAAAUGGGCAAGACACAUUCAAAGAUUAUGCUUAUCGCGAAGAUGAGAUUGCAAAAUUAGAGAAGGCAAGGCGAGCCCAUUCACACUCAGAAAGCAUAAUCCCCAGACGACUUCAAGGCAAAGCUGUGGAGUUGGUCCAGCAGUUGCAGAACCGGAAUAAGCACUGUUCCUAUGUGCAUUUGCUCAAUUAUUAUUGUCCUGCAGAGCGUAUUGGACCGUGGAAACUCGGCCCUGAGCCGUUCGAUGAUAACAAAUUGUCAGCAUCAGAGUCUUUGAUAACUCAGCCACGACUUCCCUGCCAGCAGGCAUCUUCUUCAAUUCCGGAUGGUAGUCCCUCGGUAGAUCCAAGUAUCAGCGAUAUGCCAAAAAUACAAGCACCGAAGCUCAGCUUGACCGACUACGCGACGCCUGCUUCAUCUGUCUCCGCCUUCUGCAGAGCUGUCUUGAAGAACCUGAUUCCCCCUCAAUUCUAUGGAACUGGUCAGAACAGAAUUCUGCAUCAAGAUAAGAUCCUGAAGCAUGUUGAUCAAUUCGUGCAAAUGCGGCGUUUCGAAAACCUGAGUCUUCAGGAUGUGUGCCAGGGGAUCAAGGUUCAUUGACAUCACAACCAUAUUCUUGUUUUUCUAUACUAACUGCAUAUCUUUAGGUCACUUGUAUACCUUGGCUUGAGCCUCCUUCUACUACAAGACAAGCAUGCAAUCCCGUGCCACACAAGCUGUCGAGGUCCGACUUCGAGAAGCGAACGGAGCUACUUCAUGAGUUUGUGUACUACCUGUUCGACUCGAUCCUGA